CCACACAACCUAUUUAAUGAUUCAUUUACAAGUAAUAUUCAAAGAAAAAAUGUGAAAUGGAUCAAUUAUUAUUGCCCUUGUCGUUGUGAAAGUAGACAAGAAAAUAAUCAUCGCCGAAGUGAAUUUAAGAAACAUUUCCGUCCUGAAAAUAUUGCCUAUACAGUCCUGUGCUCAUAUUUGGGUUACUCCUUCUUCAUAGAUGAAAAAAGAAAUGCGGCAUAUACAAAAGCUGAAGAAUAUAAGGAAAAUGCAACAAUUCCAGGAAAAUUCAGGGAGAACUUACCACUAUACACUGCUGAGGAGAUUGGUAAACAUACCACCAUGGAUACCCGGAUAUGGGUCACAUAUAAAGAAGGAGUAUAUGAUAUAACAGAAUUUAUAGAAGGCCAUCCAGGAGGAGAUCAAAUCCUCAUGGCAGCGGGUAGUUCUGUAGAACCAUUUUGGCUUCUUUAUGGAAUUCACAAAAAUUCUCAUGUUUAUGAUAUUUUAGAAAAAUAUAGAAUAGGUAAUUUGAAAGAGGAAGAUAUGAAGCACCUAACAGCUGAUAUGUCUGAUCCAUAUAUCACUGAUCCAAAAAGACAUCCUGCUUUAAACCCUGCAAGCUUGAAGCCAUUUAAUGCAGAGUGUCCGCCAAGUUUACUAGUAGAGAGUUUCAUAACACCUAAUGAACUAUUUUAUGUAAGGAAUCACUUACCAGUACCUGAUGUGGAUCCAAGUACAUAUGAACUUGAAGUGGAAAUAGAGGGUAGCAAUAAAACUAUAACCUUCACCUUGGAUGAAUUGAAAAAACUUCCGAAAAAGACCAUAACUGCAACAGUUAUGUGUGCCGGAAACAGGAGGACAGAAAUGACAAAGGUUAAGCAAGUAAAAGGUCUGAAUUGGGGUCCUGCAGCAGUUGGUAAUGCAACAUGGACAGGUGUGCCAUUGCGAGAAGUUCUAAAACUAGCAAAAGUUGAUGAUGAUAAAAAAUACAAACACAUUCAGUUUGAAGCAGUAGAUGCUGACGUUACUGGAAAAACCUAUGGGGCGUCAAUUCCCAUUUGGAAAGGACUGGAUGAGAGGGGGGAUGUUUUGUUAGCAUAUGAGAUGAAUGGUGUUCCAAUUCCAAGGGAUCAUGGAUUUCCUAUACGGGUUAUAGUGCCAGGAGUUGUGGGAGCAAGAAAUGUUAAGUGGUUAGGUAAGAUAAUUGUAUCAGAAAAUGAAAGUGAUUCGCAUUGGCAACAAAAUGAUUACAAAGGAUUUUCACCCUCCACUGACUGGGAUACAGUAGAUUUUACAAAAUCACCUGCCAUCCAAGAACUUCCUGUGAUAUCAGCAAUUUGUAAACCAAGUGAAGGUGAUAUUGUACAAGUAGAUAAUGGAACAAUUUCAGUGAAAGGUUAUGCCUGGUCUGGUGGUGGACAGAAAAUAGUUAGAGUUGAUGUGACAGCAGAUGGUGGAAAAACUUGGCAUGUGGCGAAAUUUGAUCAUCAAGACUCUGCUUCAUCUCCUCAACAUUGGUCUUGGACGUUGUGGUCCGUCAAAAUUCCAGUGAAUGAAGAUUCAAAAACAGUUGAAAUUUGGGCAAAAGCUGUUGACUCAUCAUAUAAUACUCAGCCCGAGAGUUUCGAAAACAUCUGGAAUCUUCGAGGAGUUUUAAGUAAUGCAUAUCACAGGAUCACUGUUAAUUUACGACACUAGACUCGAACAUGAUAUGGUAGAGGAGACAAUAUUAUUCGUGACAAAGUAAAAUCAGUUUAUAAUUGUUUAUAGAUUCAUCAUUUGGUUGUGAUAGAAAUCUUGUGAUAGUCUAAGAUUCAUUCGAUUUUGUAUUUGGAGAUUUAUGUACAAUACUCUUCUAUUAUAUAUUUUCUAUUUAAAAAAAUAUAGAUGCUGUUGGAUUAA